AUGGCAGAUCGCGCUUCAGAGGUGCAAUACAGUAUCGAUGUGGGCUAUGCUCACGUGAAUUUAGGUCAUUAUGACCAGGCUAUUGACUGUUUCAAAAAAUCGUUACAGAUAGCAACGGCAAUCGGCAACCAGAAAGGUAUAGCUCAUGCAAAUAUGUUUUUAGGAGUUGUUUACAAAAGAUUGAAGGACUAUGAAAAAGCUUUUAGCUGUUUGAAAGAAUGCUUAGAAAUUAGCACGACCAUUGGUGAUACGCAUUUAUUGGCAGAAAGCAAUCACCAGUUAGCUAAUACUUAUUAUUCUUUAGGAAAGUGGGAAAUCGCAAUUAGCCAUUGCAAAAAAACAAUAGAAUUAGGAACAGCCAUUGGCAAUCAAGGAAUAAUAGCAAAGAUCAAUCACAGUUUAAGCUACUCUUACGUUCAGCUAGGAAGAAACGACGAGGCACUUUUAUGUCUCGAAGAAGCGUUAAGACUUAUGACCGCUACUGACGACAAGAAAGGGAUAGCUGAUACUAAUAUGAGUUUGGGCAGAUUUUACCAAAGAACGAAAGAUUAUGAAAAGGCAAUUAGCUUUUUGAAAGUCAGCUUAGAAAUUAGCACCGCCAUUAGUGAUCAGUCAUCAAUGGCAGAACAGAAUAGAAAUCUAGGUGAUCUUCAUCGUUGUAUAGAAAAGUGGGAAAGCGCAAUUGACUAUUAUAAGAAAACAUUAGAAUUGGGAAAAGCAAGGGACGAUCAAGAAAAAUUAGCAGGUGUCAAUUGUAACUUAGGCAUUUGUUACAGUAAACUAGAAAGAAAUGAAGAGGCAGUACGUUUUGUUAAGACUUAUGACCGCUAUUGGCGACCAGAAAGGUAUAGCUCGUGCUAA